AGCGAGAGAUUGCAGGAAUAAGGAAGGAAGAAAGGAACGAGAGUGUGUGGUUGGGGAAGGCCCUUGGGCGACCCUACGGCAUGGCGGUCGGUGGUGGGUUGUGAGCAACGUUUGCAUCCAAGGGCUUACAUUUUAUCCCCGUAAUAUUGUAAUGGAAAAUGGUCCGCGAGUGUGCUUGGCAGACCAACUGACACGUUCCGGGCAUGAUAAAAGAGAACUUCACUGCUCCGACAUCCACAUUCUUGCCACAACCUUUCGCCCCAACGCAUCUCGUCGCAUCUCUCCUCUCGAGUUGUUUAACCACAUUGCAAACUCACACGAGAACCAUUACAAACCUGACAAAAAAGUGUUCCACUAAACUUAACAAAGUAAAUCAAAAUGUGCCAUGUUUCAAAGGAUCUUACUUUCUCCGUCGUGCCGGUGGCUGCCAUCAACCCUGCACUAUUGCAGCAGUCAAAUUUACUAAAUUUGAGCAAACCGAGUACCAGACUAAGUCCAUUCCGAAAAAUCGCCAAAUCUGCUCGCAUCAACUUGAACCGUUAUUGGGGACUUUUGAGCCAGAAGCAGCAGCAACGCAAAUCUGGGUCCGUCUCAUCCUCAGUAUCGUCUGUCAUGUCAUUGGACUUUGAUUUUUCGGCGGAAGAAGAACAGAACCGCAUUAAUGAGUUACUCGAAGCUCAAGCUAAUGCGGAAGAACAAAAUUCAAUCAAUUCACAAAUCGAGUACGACAGUUCACCAGAACAACCUCGCCGACUUUUCGUCCGUCAACGAGCCUUGAUGUCCUCCGUCUCUUCCUCAAUCUCAUCCUCAUCCUCUUGUCCCUACAACACGGAUUUUGACACUAUCAGCCAAGACUCUGUAUUCUUUUAAAUAUUUUUAUAUAAUCAAAUCAACUCUACCAAUCAUUUGAGUUUUAAUUUGUUUAAUCAAUUACUUCAAUCAGUUUGCUUUCAUUAGGAUUUAUUUACAAUCUUAUUCUAUUCAGUCGCAACCGUUUGCCAUCUUUUCGAUCCUCAUCAGUAAUAGUUUUACGAUAAUUUUAUUAUUUUUAUUUUAUGAUUUUAUUCAGAGUAGAUCUCUAAUAAUGUUGUAGCGAGUAGAAAGAAAUAUACACAUUCAAUUUUGACUUUAUGAAUUCGUAUAUUUUGUAAACUGUGAUACUAGAUGUAGUUUGUAGUUUAGAAAAUCGACAUUUAUUCCUAUAUUGCAAUGCAAGAACCAUUUCUGUAAAAUGUGACAUAAUUACAUGAAAAAAGAUGGCGGAAUAACAAUAAAAAAUUCUCUGUUAAAAAGAGACGUAAAGGAGAUUUAAA